AUGUUUGAACCUCUUCGCGUAGAGCGUGUGCCGACCCGCAUACAGGCGCGCGAGGAAUGCAUCGCGUUUGCUACACACCCCAACCCAGCUUCUUGUGUUUUCAACUGGGGAUGCUGCACAGUGACGAGAAAGUUGGAUCUUGUUUUUCACAGUGCGCAUGAUGUUUCUUCGCGCCUUCGUCUUCCCGGGGCGCGGGAAAAAAAGAAGGCACCUUAUUUUUUUCGUUUUGCCUGUUCUCCUGCAGCCUCCGUGUUCGAAUACCCGAUCCAACCCACGCAAGUGAUGGAUUCCGCAUUUAGUGAGUGCAGCAGCGUGACGGUGGAGCCAGGAGAAAGAACAUGCGCUGCGGCGCAGCAUCUGCCAACGGUUGCCAUGCUUCUUUGUGCCUCAAGGAUAGAAGUAAAUCUGCUCAUUCUUCGACCAGUACUGCGUGUGAAGGGGAAUAAAGUUGUCAUUUGCUACACUACAUUGUUUUUGCCAGCACCAGAGGAUGCUCGACAUGUACUGGUGAGCCGCUGCGGUGGAGCGGUCUUCUUACUUGCUUCCCAUGUCUCUGGACCUGGUGGAAGGAUCCAAUGCUACUCGCUUCGCAUAGAUGGCAAUCAGCAACGCACACCGUCGCUUCGGACAACACCUCUGAUUGCAUCCAUGUCUUCUUCAGGGACUGUGCCUGCAGCGGCGUCCAUGGUAGGAUGUAACCAGUGUAUUCUCUGGGCCUCUGUGCGGAGGCCGCUGUGCCUUGUGGCCUCCACUUCACAGGUCAUCCUCGCGGAGGUGAUGGUACUCACCGACGAUGGGGCAACAAUGGUGUUUCAGGUGAGUUUGGGUGACGACACGGCGGGUGUGCAUGCCACCUGCGUCUGGUUGGGGAGUCUUCGCCAGAAUAAAUUUCGCGACGACGCACACGUGCCUCUUGGGGUGAUGCAGCGCUGGCGGACAACCCCCUUCUUUGCGCGCGCCAUGGAUGAGGCGAACACCCCCGAAGCAUCUUUGGAGGGAAACCUGACGACGCACGUGCGGCAGUUUUUGUCAGCUAUUCCAAUCGUCUCUGUGAGCCCGAAUGGGGCUCUACUUUGCGUCGUUCUACCGAACGAGCACAAGGUGUGGUUGGUGGCUCUUGGCUCUAACGCCAAGGCGUUUUCCACUGCUGCGUGUGCAUCCACCUCCGUAGGCACACCUUCCAGUGUGACUAUGUGCGACGUCAGCUGGGUUGCUGGUUCCUUGUGUGGGUUUCUCCUCCUCGGGGUUUCUAAGCAGCGUGACGGCAUGAAGGCGAUGCUGUUUUUCCUUCCGUUGACGGGACACCAUGCACCGCUGCGAAUCUACUUGGAUCCGUGCCAUGCGUCAUGCCUUGCGUCGGACGACGGGGCGUUUUCCUUUUUCUCCUACGAACCCUCACGAGACGUGUUUGGAACCACUCGGAUGUCUCUCUCAUUGUAUUAUCGUUCUGGUCGCUGUGAAGAAGAAAAUAUGGAUGAGGUGCGCACAGGACUUUUUUCUCUUCCCACGAUGGCUUCGUUGACCUCCACGUGUGCACCCUCGCACGUGCUGCAUAUCAUCUACUUUACGGGGUUGGUUUCGUUUGCUACGGCGUGUAAUGAAAUCCCAAGCGCAUCUUCCGCAGGAUAUACUGCCAGGGAUGCCCUUGGAGGGGAGGAAGGAGUUGUGGUGCAGAGUAUCCCCUCUAUUUUUGCUGCGGAUGACGCAGUGCAGAUGUCGAUGGAGGCGGCACUCGAGUCUUCUCUUGACCUUUGGCUUCAGGCAGGAGCAGUGGAUUCAACUUUUCCUCUUCGUCGUGUGACGCAUGAAAUUAUCCAGUCUCUGCUGGAAGGCAUAAAUAACAGCCGUGGCGUAUCGGUCGCUUCUCAAAACGGUAAGGGGGGAAGUUAUGCGGCGCUGCUGUCCGUUUUUCGGGCGCUGGCGGAUGUUUUGGCGUCUGUUUCUGUGACGUCCGCUUCUGUCACGUUGCUGCCGUAUCUCUCGGAGCUUCAUGGGCUGCUGGUGAUGCUGCGACACGCCCUGACUGUUAUGGGGCAACGGGGCGCCGUUUCGGCGUGUUUCACGGCUGCGGCAUUUUUUGCGCCACUCGCGGACGAGAACGACACCGGCGACUCGCACUGCCCGGAGUGGCGUGCCCUCCUUGCGCCGCUUUUUGAUGAUGCCUUUGCACACGUGGCUUCGUGCCCCUCGCUUUCACAUGCACUUCUGCCGUACUGCAGCACGGCACUUCGGCGCGUGAUGUCGACAGGCGAAUCUCUUCUGCUGCGCGAGAGGCAGUGGGAGUUGACGACGAGCGUCCCGCGCGUCACCGUGGAUCACAACGGGGAAGUUGUCCGGCCUCUUGAGGAAACGCUCUCGCUUGCACGUCGAGGGAGUUCGGGCUUAGCCAUGCUCUCAUCGUCGGAUGUUUGUUGGUCGGCGCGUCGUUUGUUCUUCCGUGACGGUGUUAACGCCGCGCAGUCGUUUCUCAAGGCAGCUGUGGGUCAUCAUGACCAAAUUCAUCCAGAGGUGCGUGCCGUGUGCGGGGAAUAUGACUUGGUUCAGAAGGAGCUGGCUGCAGUCUUGAACUAUAUCUAG